AUGGUUGAACUGAUGGAGUCUCUGACUCUGGAGUCUCGAAACCUCCUGACCGUCUGCAGGGUGAAGACCUCUGGUGUCAGCGGCUCCCUUCUAGCAGAAAUUCGGAAAGAAAGUUCAACACUUCUCAGACCUCCCCAGUACAUUAUGUCAGCUCUCAAUGACACCAACUUCAACUAUGCAGUGUUCCUUCUCACUGGUAUACCUGGGCAGGAAGACGUCUAUCUGUGGAUCUCUAUCCCCUUCUGCUUAAUGUAUGUUAUUUCAAUAGUAGGAAAUUCAGUCAUUCUGUUCAUUAUAAAAAUAGAUCCAAGCCUCCAUGAUCCCAUGUACAUUUUCCUUUCCAUGUUGGCCAUCACAGACCUUGGCUUAUUGAUAGCCACCAGACCGACGAUAUUGGGCACAUUCUUGUUCAACUCAAUAGAGAUCAGCCUCCAUGCCUGUUUUGCCCAGUUGUUCUUCAUCCACUUGCUUCAAUGCAUUGAAUCCUCCAUGCUCUUGUUGAUGGCCUUUGACCACUUUGUUGCGAUCUGUAACCCACUGAGAUAUGCCUCCAUCUUAACCCUGCUGAGAAUAGCAAGAGGAGUAGCCAUAGUAAUCCCACUCCCCCUUCUCCUGAAACGGUACCAAUACUGUAGAGUCAAUGUCCUCUCCCAUUCCUACUGCCUGCACCAGGAGGUCAUGAAGAUGGCUUGUUCAGACAUCACAGUCAACAGCAUCUGUGACUUGUCUGGUUCACUCUUAACGAUGGGGUUGGAUUCGCUGCUCAUCUUCUUCUCUUAUGUGAUGAUCUUCAAAACAGUGUUGAGCAUUGCAUCGAAGGUGGAGUGUCUCAGAGCCCUGAAAACCUGUGUUUCCCACCUCUGUGUUGUCUUGCUCUUCUAUAUACCAGAGAUAAGUUUGUCUGCACAUAAGAGUGAGCUAUUGUCCUGUCUGUGCUUCAGAUAUGUCUACCUGCUGGUCCCACUCCUGAUGAACCCAAUCGUGUACAGCGUGAAAAGCAAACAUCUUUGUGGGAGGAUAAUCAGGUUGUUCAUCAAGUGA